AGGGGGGCGGUGGCACCCGGGGCUGGCACGGCGCUGGCAGCCCCUCGGUGACAAACCUGCAGCCGGCGCCGCCACCUCGGGGGUGGCACAUUGGUGGCAGCCCCGUGGUGACAGCACUGAAGCCAUCACUGGCGACAGAGGGGUGGCACGCUGGUGGCAGCUCGUUGAUGGCAGCACCUCGGGGGUGGCGCAUUGGUGGCAGCCCCCUGGUGACAGCUCCGUCCCCGGUGCCAGCGCUCCGUGGCCAUGCUGCGGUGCCACGUGGUCGCCGUCCACAUUCCCGGGGCCACCGGCUUCGGUCCCGGGGUCCUGCUCUCCGUCUGCUUCCGAGGCGUCCCCAGGAGAACCCAGGUGGUGCCCGAGGAGCGCAGCCUCACCUGGAAUGAGGAGCUGGUGUGGCCGCUGGACGCGUGUCCCCUGAGUGCCACGGACACGCUGAGCCUGCGCCUGCGGCGCUGGGACUGCCAGCUGCCCCAGGGGGACCUGGGUGCCACCACGGUGUCACUGGGCGAGUUGGUGGCCAACCCCAGCCUGCCGAUGGCCGUCAAGGACAUCCCGCUGCUGGACCACCGGGAGCUGCCCACGGGGUGCACCGUCACCUUCCGCUGCUACUACGACCCGCACGGCACUGCCGGGGAUGUCCCUGUCACCGCGCACGCACAGGUGGCACUGGAGCCACCGGCGAUGGCCCCCGCGGACAGGAAAGAGGAUUUCCAGGUGCGGGUGAGGGUCAUGCAGGGCCGCCAGCUGCGGGGCAAGGACAUCAGACCCGUGGUGAAGGUCCAGAUCGGGAAGCAGAACUUCCGCACCCGCAGCCGCAGCGGGAACAACCCCUACUUCAAUGAGGUGUUUUGCCAGAAUUUCCGCCAGACGCCGGAGCAGCUGGUGGCACAGCCCAUCCACAUCCAGGUGCUCCGUUCACCAAACGUCUGCAUCAAACCCAUCAUCGGCGUUUUUGAGCUCGACGUCGGCACCGUCUACUCUGCCCCAGGGCGCAGCCUGAGCGGGAAGUGGCUGAGCCUGCAGCACCCGCGGUACCGCGACGGCCGCUCGCAGGGCUUGCUGCAGGUCAGCCUGGUGGUGCGCCGAGCCGGAGAGCGCGCCCAGGAGCAGGAGAUGCCGGCGGGGGACGAGGAUGUGGAGGCGAACCUGCUGCGGCCACCGGCGUGCGCGACCACCCUGCAGAUCCGCGUGUUCCGCGCCGAGGAGAUGGCACGGGCGGAGCCGGCGCGGCCGUGCCUGGGCGGCACCGCGGGCUCGGCCAAGGUGUCGGUGCGGGUCGGCUAUGCGGGCAGGACGCUCUGCACCCGCGGGAUGCCCCCCGAUGCCAGCCCCGAGUGGAACGAGGUUUUGUUCUUCCCCCUGCGGCUGCCCCCGAUCUGUGACGAGAUCCUGCUGGAAAUCGUGCGUGGGUCGUGCCAGAGCAAAGUCGUGGGCAGGGCCACCCUGCGGCUGUCCCAGAUCUCCCGGGUCCCCGACGAGCUCGAGGAGGGGACCCCCGGGUUCUUGCCCUCCUUCGGGCCCUGCUUCCUGCCCUUCUACGGCCCCCGGCCCGACUCUGCCCGGGACUCGGGGCUGGUUUAUCGGGGCCGGCUGCUGCUGGAGCUCUGCACACGCGUGGGGACCCCGCCCGCGCGGCAGCGCGAAGCCAUCGCGCCCGUGGACGCCGAGCGGGCGCAGAGCCGCCUGCCCCGCUGCCAGCUGGGGCUCUGCGGGGUUUUCUACUCGGCCACCAUGGUGCCCGGCGGCCCCGAGCCGCUGCGGCUGGAGCUGGGCAUCGGCAGCGCCGCGGCCGCCACCGCGCAGGGACGGCCCGUGCCCGACGGGAACCUCUACCACCACCUGCCAUGGUUUGGGGACAAACCGGUGGCCGCUGUCACCUCGCUGUGGGAGGACGCCGGGCACCGCUGGGACAGCCUGAACCUGCUGCGAGCCCUGUGCCAGCGCCUGGAGAGGAACCUGGCCGAGCUGCGGUGCCACCACGGGGACACCGCGAGGGACAUCGGGGCGAGGCUGCUGCGGGAGCUGGCCCAGGACUGCACGGAUGCCCUGAGCUGUCUGGAGGCUCAGCCCGCCCUCACCGCCCUGGACCAGCAGCUCCGCAGCUCCCGGCGCCUCCUCCUGCGGCGGCUCCGGCGAGCGGCCGAGGCCGAUCCCCAAAAAACGCCGGAGCUGCGCGGGGACGCGCUGGGGACAGCGGCCCGGGGGUGGCUGCGGCGCGUGGCCGCGCUGGCCAUCGAGCCCCAGGCCAGUGUCCCCGACGUGCAGCUGUGGCUGCUGCGGGGCCAGCUGCGGGUGGCCUCGGCUCGUGUCCCCGCCACCGACGUGCUGCACUCGCCGCGCGGCCCCGGCGCCUGCGGCCACCUCUGCGGGAGGGUGCUGAGCCUGUUCCUGGGCUGCGGGGACAUCCAGGCCCAGGUGCGGGUGCGGCUGUGGCUGGGACGAGUGGCCGAGAGCGGGGACCUGGCCCGGCUGCUGGAGGGGACACUGCGCUUCUACAGCGAGACGUACGAGAACCAGACGCGGCUGCUGGGGAAAUGGGGGCCCCGGAAGCUUUUGGGGCGCCCCGCGUUCUCCGACAGCUGCGGCCGGGCGGGGCCCCCCCCGGAGCAGAUCCAGCCCCCCAAGGGCUGGCGCUGGGACGGGCCCUGGAGCGUGGAGCGGCCGCGGCGGGUGCUGGCACUGCCGGAGCCCGCGGUGACAGCAGGGCUGUCCCCUGGUGUCCCCAGGGUGCUGGCACUGCCGGAGCCCGCGGUGACAGCAGGGUUGUCCCCUGGUGUCCCCAGGGUGCUGGCGCGGCCGGAGCCCGAGGUGAGCGCGAUGCUGGAGGAGCUGUACGAGAACCAGAACCGCGAUCCCGGCGGGGACUGGAGCCCGUCCGGCACGGGCAGCACGGACGCCGUGAGUGGGGACAGAGUGGGGGACAGCGGGGGUGACACGAGAGUGUCGGGGCUCAGCUCUGGCCUGGCUUUGCAGAAGGGAGUGGCGGUGCCACCGAAGGAGGAGGUGGCGUGUCCCCUGGGCUGGCGUGUCACCAGUGACUGGCACGUGGACACGGAGGGGGACGUGGAUGAGGACGGUUGGCAGUACGGUGUGGGCACGGAGGAUGGCAGUGCCCCGGCAGAGUGGCACAGCGAGGGACAGCACUGCCACACCCUCCGGCGCCGGCGCUGGGUCCGGCUCUGCCACAGGGACAGCGACAGCUGGACACGGGAGCAGGACACGGACACCCUCAGCACCCUGCAGGACCCCGAGGAGCUGUGGGAGGACGAGGCCUGGCAGCCCGAGUGCUUCUGGGGCUGCGCCUUCCAGCCCAAGGUGCCCGCGGGGCCCCGGUGCCGCCGGCGGCGCUGGCACCGCAGCCUGGUCCCCAACGAGCCCCCGAAGGUGGCGCCGCUGUUCCUGCUGCAGGGAGUGCCGGACACUGACGACCCGGCCCAGGACAAUCCGGCUGUGGCCCCACAGCUGCCGGGGGGCUCCUCCCAGACACCCCUGCAGCAGCCGCUCCCCUUCAUCCUCUGCACCUUCCAACGGCCCGGCCGCUUCCAGCUGCGCUGUUACAUCUUCCAGGCGCUGGAUCUGGCCCCCGGCAGCUCCAGGACCUCCAUAGAUGCCACCGCGCACGUGUCGUUCGUGUCGCUGAGCCGGCGCACGCGGGCGGUGCGCGGCGCCCUGGACCCGCGCUGGGAGCAGACGCUGCUGUUCCCCCGGGUGCUGCUGUUCGGGGACCCCCGGCGCGUCCGGGAGGAUCCCCCGCCCGUGGUGGUGGAGGUGUGGGACCAGCCGGGACAGGGCGCCGGUGUUUUCCUGGGGCGGUGCGUGUGCACCCCGCCGGUGUGGCUGGACGCGGGACACCGGGAGCCCCCCCGGCUCCAGCCGCACCCCCUGCAGGGGCCGCGGGGCCCGGCCGGGGAGCUGCUGGCCGCCUUCGAGCUCCUGCACGAGCCCGAGGACGGGGCCCCGGCGCCGCUCGGGCCCCUGCCCCUGAGGAAGGACGAGCUCGGCAUCCCCCCGGAACUGCGGCCGCGCCUGCAGAGGGUGGCACUGGAGGUGCUGGCCUGGGGGCUGCGGGGGCUGCGCGGGGCCGUGCGGGAGCCGCGGCUGGAGCUGCAGUGGGGGGAGCAGAGCCUGUGGACCCCCCCGAUCCAGGACAUCGCCGCCAACCCCAACUUCCCCAGCAACGCCUUCGUGCUCACCCUGGCGCUGCCCGAGGACGAGCGCUUGGUGCCGCCCAUCCGCCUGCGCCUCUGGGACCGGGCGGGCACGGAGCGGCGGCUGCUGCUGGGCCAGGCCAGCGUCAGGGAUCUGCGCCGGUACCGCUGCCACCCGCCCCGCCAGGGGCAGCUCCUGGGCUCUGGCAGUGCCCGCAGUGUGUUUCACACGGUUGUGUCAAUGCCAGAGGAUCUCCUGUCCCUGCCCCUCUUCUCCAGCCACUGGAAACGUUGCUGCUCCCUUUUCCUUGCCACAGCCCCAGCCAGGAUGGCUCAGGACCUGUUCAGCUACCUCAGGAACUACAGGGCUGAGGAUGAGGACGAGGAAGACGAGGAGGAAGAGGAGGAGGAGGAGGAAGAGAGGGACUGGUGGAGCAAAUUCUACGCAUCCAUGGAGGAGAAGGAGCCCAAAUCAACCAAUGGGGACAGACUGAAGAUCUACGGCUGCGAGCUGGAGGCGGUGCCCGAGUUCGAGGGGCUGCAGGAUUUCUGCCAGACCUUCCCCCUCUACAAACCCGGCCGCGCCCCCCUGCCCGGGCAGGACCCCGAGCCCGUGGGCAGCUUCAAGGGGCUGUUCCGCAUCUACCCCGUGCCCGAGGCGGCCGGAGCGCGGCCCCCGCCCCGCUGCUUCCAGCGCCUGCCGCCCAGCGCCCCGCAGGAGUGCCUGGUGCGGGUCUACGUCGUGCGAGCGCUGCACCUGUCCCCCCGCGAUGUCACCGGGCUGAGCGAUCCCUACGUGCGGGUGUCGCUGGGCAAGCAGACGCUGGGACAGCGGGACCAGUACGUGCCCAACACCCUGGAGCCCGUUUUCGGCAGGAUGUUCGAGCUGACGGCCACCAUCCCGCUGGAGAAGGACCUGCGGGUGACAAUCAUGGACCACGACAAGGUGCCACCGGACCAGGAGAUCGGCAGCACCACCAUCGACCUGGAGGACCGGCUGCUGUCCCACUUCCGAGCGCACUGCGGGCUGCCCGCCCUGUACCGCCCCGCGGGCCCCACGUGCUGGCGGGACCAGCUGUGCCCCAGCCGGACCCUGGAGCUGCUGACGGGGUCCCGGGGGCUGCCCGCGCCCCUCUUCAACCCCCAGGGCACCGCCCUGAGCCUCGACGGGCAGAGCUUUGAGCUGCAGCACUUCGAGAGGGGUCACCCCCCGCUCCGGCACCCCGGGGAGCCCCGGGAGCGCCUGGCCCUGCACGUGCUGAACCUGUGCGAGCUCGUCCCGGAGCACCUGGAGACGCGGAGCCUCCAGAACAGCGCCCAGCCCGGGCUGGAGCAGGGCAAGGUGCAGAUGUGGGUGGACAUUUUCCCCACCAGCCUCGGCCCCCCCGGGCCCCCCGUCAACAUCGACCCCCGCAAGGCCGAGGGGUACGAGCUGCGCUGUGUGGUGUGGAGGGUGCGGGACACGGACCUGGGGGACGUCAACCUGCUGGGCCAGCGCAUGAGUGACAUCUACGUGUCCGGGUGGCUGGACGGGCUCCCCGAGCAGCGGCAGCAGACCGACAUCCACUAUCGCUCCAUGGACGGGAACGGCGCCUUCAACUGGCGCUUCGUGUUCCCCUUCGAGUUCCUGGCGGCCGAGAAGCUCUGCGCCAUCCGCCGCAAGGAGCACGUGUGGAGCUUGGACGAGACGCUGCUGAAGGUGCCGCCCAAACUCAUCCUCCAGGUGUGGGACAACGACAAGUUCAAGGCGGACGAUCUGCUGGGGGUGCUGGAGCUGGAGCUCGCCCGGCUGCGGCGGCCGGCCCGCAGCCCCCGCCUGUGCUGGGUCGCGCCGCAGGACCUGCCCUGGCUCUCACGGCUCUGGGGCCGCGCCCCGGCGCUGGAGCGCUCCCCGCUGAACCUGUUCCGCCGGCGCAGGGCGCGGGGCUGGUGGCCCUGCACCAUGCAGGAGGACAGCGGCCAGCGGCUCUCUGGGAAGCUGCAGCUCAGCCUGGAGCUGCUGACGGCGCAGGAGGCGGAGGAGCGGCCGGUGGGGAAGGGUCGGGAGGAGCCCAACAAGCACCCGACGCUGCCCGAGCCCAAGCGCCCCAAGUCCUCGUUCCUGUGGCUGCGCUCCCCGGUGCAGCUGAUGCGCCACGGCAUCCGCUGGGGCUACCUGCUGUGGAUCGGCCUGGGGCUGGCCGGCUUCCUGCUGCUGCUGGUGCUGCUCCGCUCCUUCUUCCCGGGCUCCUCUCUGACCCUGAAGGUGGCUGACCCGCGGCAGCUCCUGCGGCCCUCGGGCACGGAGCGUCCCCCGAGCGGGAGGGCGACAAAAGGCUGAGGAGCGCCCCCAGCCCCCCGCUUUGCUGGCGCUGAACCCCCUCCCCGAGCUGCUCCCCUCUCUCGGUGGGUUCUGCAGCGGGAAGGGAUCGCUCUGCUGCGGAGCCGCUGUCCCGACAGGAGCGCCGAGGGAGCUGCACAUCGAUGUUCCCUCGAGAACAAAGUCGUGUCCGAACGCCACCAAAGCAUCGUCGCCGUCUGUGUGGGCUGGGGAGGGACACGGACACCGCUCGGGGAGCAGAUCCGCAGCCCGACCCC